UAUGGGGUCACAAUAUAAUUCAGAAAAUAAUCAGGAUGUUUUAAACGCCACUCUUCAUAAUGUUAGAAAUUUAAUAAAUUUGCUAAAAUCAAUAAAGUUUACUGACUCUACCGUUCUUUUUGCAACUGAUCAAGGCUUCAAAUUUACUGUUGAAGAUGGAAAAUGUAUGCAAGCGAAUGCUUUCCUACAGAAAGAUCUUUUCGACUUUUAUAACAUUACAGAAGAGUUUAUUGUCAAACUACCUCUGAAAGUUCUCCUCCAUUGCCUGUUAAUAUUUGGUGGAACAAGCUCGACUGUCAUCAAAUUUGUUUAUGAAAAAGAUGGUUUCCCAUUGCAUAUAGUACUAGAGGAACCUGGCAUAUCUACUGAGUGCUCCAUAAGAACGUUUGAACCAGAUGAUCUGUUGGAUUUUCGGUUCAAUGGACAGGAUGUUAUCAAUAAGGUAAUCAUGCAGAGUUCAAAACUUAAAGAAGUUUUCUUGGAAUUGGACGCAACAAGUGAGAGUAUAGACAUUACAAUGUCUCCAGAUGAACCUUACUUACGAUUUGCUACCAUUGGUAUAGCUGCCAGCACUGAUGUAUCUGUUCCCAAAAAUGCAUCUGCCGUUGAAGUCUUUCAAUGCACUGAAGUUCAGACUUUUUCUUAUAAGUUAUCUUUUUUCAAAAGAUCUGUUAAAGCUUUAGCUCUGGCAAAUAGAGUAUCAAUCCGAAUUGAUAACAGAGGAUUUUUGUCAAUGCAGUACCUUUUAAAAACAGACGAUGAUAAGACUUCUUUUGUCGAAUUUUAUUGUGCUCCUAACGAAGACUAA